GUUGCUAUGACGACAAAGAGCGUUCUGGGAAAGGGCGAGGUGACCGAAAGCCAGGCGCGAAACCCGGCUUGCAGGACAGAGGUUUGCAGGACGAUGUGGCAGGCUGCAAGUCCUGGUACGGUGCCGAUUUGUUUAUAAAUGAGAUUUCCGGAGUGAUAAGAGGCAGUGUUUAUUAUGUCUCUCCUGAAAACUCCCUCCACACGGAUAAACUCUGCCUCAUCAUCUGAGGGCAAAAAGUCAAAAGUAUCUGUAGCCAAGGAAGAUACAAGAGGACUUCCUGAGCUAAGGGAGAAAAAAAAUAUGGUGGAUCGUUCAAAACCCCUUCCUACUUCCCUUCAGAAUGAGUUCAUUCCUCAGGAAGUUCUUCUUUCUUUGACCUGUGCAGCUAAUGCUGGUCCUUGUCCUGAAAACUUACUGCCUCCUAAGAAAAUUAAAACACCAAAGGGUACUCUUCCACGCUCUAUAGACCAUGUCUGGCAUAACCCUAUUAGAAGAAAUAAAUUUAAAUACCUGAUUGACCAUCCUAUCUCUUUAACAGGAGCUGGAAGGGACGUUUCUUUUCUGUAUGAUGUUAAAUAUGUAAGAGGGGAGACUAGGGAGAAUACAGUUUGUCCCCCGCAGUUGGACCGUUCGUUACAGCCACAUGAUGGUGUCAUUGUGCCUCAUAAGCCAAAGACACUAACAGAUACUUUAAUUCCUGAGGAAUUUCAUAUUGUGUCAAAUACAGGAGUUUCAGGUUUGGAGUGUUAUGACGACAAAUAUACUACUCUUCUCACAGAUAGUGAGAACAGGCUAUUGCUGUUCCCAUCCAUGAAACCUAAUAAAAGAGUAGAAGUGGUCAAGCUGAAUGAUGUGAUGGAUACUAUGCUAGAGAGGGCUGGUAUGGAAAUUCAGGAAUAUACAGGACCAACCAAGAUGCAUAAACUACUACACAUGUUGAAGAAAGAACAGACCAUUUACAAUACUGUAUUUCAUGAACUUAUUAGACAAGUCAGUGUGGACUGUGCAGAUAGAGGAGAGCUACUGUCUAAAAUCAGAGAGAGGUAUGUACAACUGCUUGAUCAGAUUGCACGGCAGAUGAUUGAUUUCUACAAAGACUUGGUAACUCAGCGAGUGAUGGACCAGCGCAUUUUAGAAGAACUGUAUAAUUUUAAGCAUGUUAUUGAGGAACUGACCAGAGAACUUUGUCUGGUUCGGGCACAUGAUGUGAAAUUAACAAAGGAAGCAGAGAAGGCCCACAAGGAUUUAGCACAAGCUCUUUUAGAUGCUGAAAAGAAUGCCAAAAUGGUAGAAGAAUACCAUGACUUAUAUACACUACAAAGAGGCCGGAUGGAGAAUGAUAUUAGACAAUUAAUGGCAGAAAGAGAUAUCUGGAGUUCAGCCACAUAUGAACUGGCCCUAAAGGUAAUUGAAAGAAACAGAGUCAUAUUGGCUAAAAGACUUUAUCUUAAUGAAAAAGGCUGGAAUAAAUACACUAAGCAUUUCAUCAUACUGCUUUCAACUAAGGACACUGCAGACCUUGCACUAUUGCAGAAAUUGACACAAAAAUGGAGAAACUCAGUGAAUAAAUUUAAACAGGAGAUAGAACAUACUGAAGAGACUACAAAGGAGACGUUGCAAAUUGUUAAGGACAGCCUUGUCAAAUGGCAGCAGUUCUUCGGGAAUAAUAAAUGGAUCACAAAUGGAAAAGGCAUUUUAUCCCCUAAUAAGAGAAAUACAUUUGAUUCAGUUCUUUCAGACUUCAAGCAUUGGCAAAAAGUGCUGCAUGAGGAGAAAGAAAAGUUUACUGGGGAUUUUCUAGUGUCAAAAUACGAUACUCUCAAGAUUAUUAAACAUUUACAGGAAAACUGGUCAGAUGUUGGGCUUGGGAUAUUUGGUCGCCAUAAAAGUUUGGAGGGAGAGAUGCCCCCAGAGCAACAGUACAUGGAGGAAAUGAUCAAAAGCAUAGGAAGACUCUACAAAGAAUAUGAAAUAAGAAUGAAUGGAGAUAAUGGUAUCUCUAAAAUUCUUUCGUAUUUGAUUAGUUCUCUCGAAUUCUGUACUUUCAAGUUGGAAACCCUUCUGGAUUUUCCUCAGAUGGCUCUCGAAGAAUGGGAGGGAGUUAAUGAAAAAAUUAAUGAAAUGAAAUCACAGUUGGAUCCAUCAUUGAGCAUUAUUGGUACUGUGCCACAGUACUUAGACAUGGAUUCUGGCUUGGCACUCCAAGAAAAUAUAUUUCACAUGAUGCAACAAUGGCUUUUGAAGAUAGGCAAUGAAAUUAACAAUGGUAACCUUGAACUUCAGCGCCAUAUAGAUGAGUUGCAUAUAUCUAUGAUCCAGUGGAUGGUGAAUCUGCUGAUUGUGAUGAUACCUGACUUUACUGAUGAAGACACUCUUCCAAAGUCAGAGGAGGAAAGCGCUGAGAAACAUGACAUAGGAGUUGCACAGUUAGAAUUAGAUGCAAUUGCACUGACAAAAAAGCUGGCCCAAUACUCCAGCUAUUUGAGCAGUUGUUGCAAAGGGCUGGUAACAACAAUGGCUCUGAAUAAAGCAUUUCACUCAGAAAAAGGUGCUGCUAAGGAGCUUCACGAACUAGAUAGGAUGAAGAGAGAAUGUUAUGAAUGGAUCAACACAUGCUCUUACCUCCUUUCGGAUAUUAAAGGCAGAAAAAUUAAGUUGUUUACAUAUGAAGAAAUAGAGCACCUACUUGGAGAAGAGGAAGCUAUAAAAUUAUUCAUUGAGCCUGAAAUAGACAUGUCUUUUAAAGAGGAUGAAGAAGAAAGUGACGAGGAUAGGAAACUUGAGGAGGAAAAUGAAGAAGAGAAAGCAGAAGAGCAACUUUCAACAUCUACAGAGAAGGAAAAACUCAUUCGAUUCAUUGGAGAAGACGAAAAUAUUCAUCCCAAACCUCUAUUACGUACAGAUGAGUUGUCUUCCUGGAGAAAAGAAGCUAGCCAGGGUACAUUGGCCCAAAAGUAUCUUGAAGCAAUGGCUGUAAUUGAAUAUAUGCAAGAUAAGUUGACGGAGGUUGAAAACAGAGCCAGACAGGCAGAGGAGAAGUUUGAGGAUGCAAACGAGAAACUCCAUUAUACCCUUAUAAGAAAUAGUGAUCUGGAGAAGGAAUUAGAGGAAAUAGUUGGGACAUCUAGAAAAAAGGAACCUGAAAGAGAAGAAGAAAAUAAAACAGAGAGAGACGGAGAAGGCAGGCCAGCAGAAGGUUCUUCAAAAUCUGUAAAUAAAAGUCACUGAAUCCAAGGCAACCUGUGGAGGGAAGAGUUCAGAUGUCAGUGAGAGCCUCCAGGUGUGAGCAGAGCAGGUCUAACUAAGCACUG